ACGUAGUCACUUGCAACAUCCCAGCGUAAAGCCUGAUUCAACUCGUACAACCAUGCCAGAAACAACCGAGUUAACCCCUCCAUUUGAAAAGACUUACUACUACGAUGGAAGGAAGGAUAGACUAAUGGUAACCGCUAUGCACAACGAUAGUAUACACGCACUGAAAGACUUCGAAGUUAGGGACGACGACGUAUACAUUGUAACUUACCCAAAAGCAGGUACAACCUUCAUUCUUGAGAUCGUGGAUGCUAUUAUGCACAGGGGAAACAUCGACGAAAUCAAAGGGAAAAGGAUGGAGGAUAAACUUAAUCUGAUCGAAUUGGGCCCGGCACCAGGCAUCGAAAUUGCUACGUAUAAAAAGGUGUCCACGUGGAAGUCGCCUCGACAAAUCCAGACUCAUCUGCCAGUUGAUUUGAUGCCACCGCAGGUGUUCACUAAAAAACCUAGGAUUAUCCUUGUAACACGAAACCCCAGAGAUUGUUGCAUAUCUCUGCAUGCAUGGCAUGCGACUGUAAAGUUCUUGGAGCCGUGUGAUUGGGACUAUUUAGUUGAUCGUUUUGUAGAAGGCCAGGUUAUCUGGGGAUGUUGGUUCGAACACUUGGCAGACUGGAUUAAUAAGAUGGGCGGUAAGGACAACUUCCUGCAUUUGAAGUACGAAGAUAUCAAAGAGGAUCGCCAAGGUGCUUCGGAGACCGUCGCUAAUUUCCUUGGUUACGACUUAAACCCCGAUGAGAUGAAGAGAGUCGUAGACCAUACUGAUUUCAAUAACAUGAAAGAAUAUAUGAAAACAGUAACACAACGUGACGUGUUCCUACGUGAAAAUAGACAUUGGCAACGCAAAGGAAUUGUGGGCGACUGGAAGUCAAAUUUCACAGUGGCCCAAGAUGAAAAGUUCAAGGAAUGGGAGCAGCGUAAAUGCAAAGAGUAUGGAAUCGACUUCAUGCAAUACUACACCAAGACACCUAAAAAAUAAGAGUCUCAACAUUCUUAUUAAGAAAAUAAUUACCUGUAGUAGUAGUAAGGUUAUUCAUCUAAUAUUUAGGUGAAAAUUUUUACCAGAAACUACAAAGAACAUUCAUGUCCCGAAUAUUUUUUUGAUAAUUUGUAGAAAAUGUAAAAAAAAAAUGAUGGUACUGGAUUUAUACUAUGUACACACGCACGUUUUAUAUGUAACUAAAUAUGGUAUGUAGUAAUAUAAACAAUAAAUAUUAUUGAAGGGCUCGCAAAAA